AGGUGGAUAUGCCCACUAUAUAGUUGGGAGGAGUAAUCGUGAUCAUAAGACGACUCCAUACAAUGAAAUUCAAGAUGGAGAGUAGAUGAAUUAGAAAAUUCCUCAAUCAGUAUCUUCAAUUUCAAUAUAUAUCUGACGCGCAUCCGAAAAUGAAAUUAAUACCGGCAAAACAACAUCAAGCAACAUUGACAAAGGAAUCCAUCGCCUUCUCGUGUGUUCCAACACAGUGUUCCAGCACGAACACGAGCGAUCUUCUUUAUUGUGCUGCUACUCCAUACGUGUUGGUGUUCUACCUAAAAAAGUAGUUUUUAUGUACUUCCUUUUAUUUCUAGCGUUUCUUUCAAAAUCUUGUUCUCGUGAACCUAUUCUUCGCAAUCUAUCACCAGGACCAGCAGGAGCACUGCUCACCAGCAUCAUGACAAAGAAGAAUGCUCACACAUACCGAAACUUCUAACCUCUGCUAACGCACAUUCCAGGUCCAGGAACGAACCAAUAUCGGCUAAUUCGGAAAAAUUUUCGGUGACUGUGUGUACUUCGUGUAUUGAGCAAUAACAACAACAAGACAUAGCAAGUUCGUGAAUGAUUAUUUAUGGACUUAGGUCGGUAUUAGAUAGGAGCGUUUUGUCUGUUGUCACACCUUCUACCCUCCCACGACUCAGUCCACAUCUCUCGUGUCUCUUUCACCAGGGCCCGGCAGUAGCUUUCGUCUAUAAUUUUACACGAACUACUUGUGGGUUUUGCCCCAAUUCUACGUGGAGGUCCACACUUCCGCCUUCUGAUCCUUUUUCUCAUUUUUACCACGCUCCAACACCCGAUUCAUCUCGAUUCUUGAGUAUUGCAUUAUGUAACUUCAGCUUUCAACAUCCGAGCUCCUGCUCCUUGGUUAGUAUUUCUAGGUUAGUGAAGCCUCUUAGACUCAGUAUUUGCGGCGAUAGCAGCGAAACCUGUGAAGUGGCUUGUGCUCUACUUCAGAAAAGGAAUGUGGUCAUUUACUGCCACGUACCCGUAGUUGUUAAUGUUAGGUCUGACACGAUCAUUGAGGAUCUUCGUGUUGUAGAUACAGGAAAGAAGGCGGCACCCCGUCGUGGGCCGGUAGUAGUAUUGGAAAACAAACAAAAACGUGAAGAAGUUUGUAGGUUAAGUACAGACCGUAAAGACCUUUGGAACAAAACCAAUCGAUUUAGACUAAAAUUAACUACUAGACGAAGUACGAGUGGCACAGCUGCGCGAACUACAUUUGAUGUAAGAUCUCGAUGUACAACUGCUAGUGCUAACACGACUCCCUUUCUUGAUUUGCUAUAUGGUGACUCAAUAGCCACUGCCAAUUUUUUACUUCCUGAAGAUCAAACACGAUCACGAAGAAUGUUCAACAACGAUUUCGGUGGCUUUGGAGGCGAGCCUCCUGCCAAGAAAAUCCGGCUUUCCGUGCCUGCUCCCGCGUCGAGCUCUUCUGGUGCCGCGAAGGACGACCCUCUGGGCCCCCUCGCGCUGGGCGAGACAACAACAGUGCCUGGCUCUGGUUCGGCCACUUACGUUAUUGAACGGAAAGGACCCACGGAUGAUCCAGACCGCCAGUACUACAUCUGCAGCUGUCCAGCAUUCAAGUUUGGACCGAAGAACAAGGGUACUUCAUGGGCGGCGCGGACCUGUAAGCACUUAGAGAAAUUUCGUGGAGCGGACAAGGAGGCCUUUCGUAUAACCAACUGGUUAACGAAGAAUGGCCAGAAUGCUGAUGUUCCGGGAGCACCCUCCGCAGCAGCGCCACCCUCGAUGAAAAAAGCAGCCGCGAAGGGGAAAGCGAAAGCAAAAGCGGGCGCUUCCCCCGCAGUUUCCAAAGCGUCCGCGGCUGCCGGAGGAUCUCCUAGCAAAGACACUGGUAGGACACUGCUGUCUAUCGCGUCAAAUCUAGUUCUUGUUCUGUAUUCAUUGAAAUAUUUUUUUUGUUAGCAUCAAUCGAGUUAGUUUUAGCUUUAACGUCAUCAACAUCCCCACGAUUUCUCCAUAGAUAUCGCAGUUCUCCUAGCGCAAACUUGGGAGCCUGGUAAGAUAGAUGUUGCUGGAUGGUGGGUCUCGGAGAAGCUCGAUGGGGUGCGCGCAGUGUGGAAAAACGGGAGCUUCUAUAGCCGGGCGGGUAAUCCUUUCAACGCGCCAGCGUGGUUUACCCAAGACAUGCCGAAAGACCGAGUACUAGACGGGGAGCUUUUUCUUGAUCGCGGGAAAUUCCAAAAAUGCGUCGGAGUCGUCAAGAAGCAAAUACCAAUUGGUAAUUGAUUUCUUGGCCGUUAUCCUGUUAGAAUUUGUGAUUAACUCGAGAUCAUUAUUUAUUGGGAUAACUCUGUUUAGAAGAGCAAGGGGCGACACUGUUGAUCAACGAUGAUCUACUCAAAAGCGGUCGUCAGCGGACGAUAAGACUGAACUCCAUUUUUGAAUUGCGACUCAGAUGCCGAGUGGCAGCUGCUGCGUUUUUGUGUUUUCGAUAUCAUAGAAGAUUCGGCAAGUAAGCCGUUUGAAGCGCGAAUGGCCGAGGCACAGAAAUUGCUACAGGGGAAGAAAUAUGCAAUCUGGCACAAACAAGAGAGACUUCCCCGAGCGAGCAGUAUGGGCACGAGUAGCACACCCGAUGGCAGCGGUGCGGUAGCGAAGACCAUUGCUGCGGUAGAAAGAUUACUGAAAGGCGUUGAGGCCAAGGGCGGCGAAGGACUCAUGCUUCGAGAACCAGGCAGCGGGUACGAGAAGAAGCGAUCGAACACGCUCUUAAAAGUGAAGUCCUUCUUCGAUCUCGAUUGCAUAGUCACGAAAAUCGAAAAAGGAACAGGUAAGUACAAGGACUGCAUGGGUGCUCUCCAUUGCAAAGACAAGAAUGGGAGCACCUUCAAGGUCGGGACAGGCUUCACAGACAACGUACUUAUGAUAGAUAUAUAUAUAUAUGUUCCAGGGGUAGAGGCUCCCCUUCUGAUUCUGUAUGUUAUAAGAUUGAUUUUGUACUACAAAGGAGCUAAGAAUUAAGAAUAAAAAAGGUUAUGAGAUGGUAUAAACCCAUAGUGAUAGUCCGACGACCUUUUCCUGUCUGUUUGUGUCGUUCGUGUUAUAUGGAGAAAAGCCACCACACGCUUUUCAAUCACAAAAACAGCAACGGCAAGCGCCACCAACAGUUGGUGCUAUUAUCACGGUGAAAUACCAAGAAAAGACGAAUGAUGGCAAGCCGCGUUUUCCGGUUUUUCUGCGUGUCCGAACCGACAUCACUAAACUAGCCUAACUUUUUGUUUUGGCUCGGAGGCCUCUCGUUCGUGUGGUAUUAAUGAUCCGGAGCAUCGAUAGAGAUUUAAGAGGUGGAGGUGGCUUCGUAUGUGACUGUUUAUGGUUAAGGUCAUCAAGAUCAAAACGGUUUUUGGUAUUGUCUUCAUUCUGCUACAUGAUUGGAUUUUUCCGUUUCGUAUUUUGAUAUGUUGGUACCCAUGACGUAAUAUUAUGCGUAUGCCCAAGCCUAUCCUUUUUUAUCAUACCAGCCUCCCGUCCCCGCGCUGUUCUUUGUUUGAAAAAGAAAGAAUCUCAGACCCACGCUGUUGCCAUUUCUUUCGCGUCACUCUGAUGCGCUGGUGCGGUUUUUUACAGGCAGAGUGUGGCUGUUCCCCUGCGCGGCA